CAGAAAAUCUUUUACAAGAAGGCGUUGGUGAUUUGUUUUUUUCCGGCACGAAGUGAUUUUGGGGGCUGUCAUGUAAAUGCUGCCCAAUGCAUCAGGAAAGCUGUUCAGAAUUACCGCGGCGAUACCCUGUCAGCUGAAUUAACAAGGAAAUGCGAGCUGGGGACAGAUCACAAUCACCGGCUUGGUACGCUGAUUUCUAGGAGGAGGCCGUGACAGGAACAGGAUGGAUAAUGUAUAGCUGCGACUGCGAUGUAUUGUAGUGAACUCCUCUGAAUUUUGCCAAGCAUUCCGGCUUGGAAUUGCAAACCCGACGGUUGUCUAUCUCUGAUAAGACACGGCUCUCCAGACUCCUCGAACUUCUUCUCCUCCUAUAUAGCCAUAAUCUUCCAGUUUCCAAGAGAUCUUCCAAAGAUAUGGAGAUGAGCAAAAUGGAGCAGAACUCGGGAGAGAGCAGAUUAGGAGAAGCCAUGAGCAUCUUUGGUCAGAGCAUCGAUGUGAGGAGGCCAGGAAGGAGCAGGAGAAGAGCAACCCAAAAGAAAUUUUCACCUGCGGUGGAAUCACCGGCGAAACCCAGCGUGGAGAGGCUGCACCAGCGCAUGGCCGUUGCGGAGCGAGAGCGCGCCCGUGCCGAGUCCGAGCUGUCAAGGGCAAGCACCAUGGCUAGCGAGCUGGAGCGGAAGAUCGAGCAGGCCAAUGCCACGGCAAGGGCUCACAGGUCGGAGCUCCAAGGAACGCGUGCCGGCGGCAGCGGUAGCAGCAGAAGGAAGAAGGGGUUCAUGGACGUCGAGGCACCAGGCGCCGACCAUGCUCAGGAUCAGGGCAACUCGCUGUAUGUCGAGGUGAUGCAGGAGCUGGACCUCGUCAAGAGGGAGCUCCGGAAGCUGCAGCGCGAGGUGAAGGCCGCAAGGAACGCCAUGCCCGAGAGGGACGCGGCGACGCCGACUCCCUGGGUGUCGAGCUCUGGCUCGCGUCCCCUCGACAGUGUGAAGCGAGAGGCCGGCGACGAAAACGAGGGCCGCGGCAUAGCAGAACUCGCCGCCGAAGCCGGCGGAUCCCGCAAGGGCAUGCGGGCGCAGGACACGCGGACGCAUGCCAAGAGCCCGCAGGGAGAUACGAGCUGGUCGAGUGACCCCGAAGAGAGGUUCGCCACGGCGAGCAGCUCCGACGUGGGGCUCGAGCCCGCGGAGAUGGCGAUGGUGCCAGCGACGGAGGCGACGACGGAACACGUCGAGAACGGUGAGUCCGCGCUGACAAUCACCACGCGACACGAGGAACACGACGAUCGCUCGUCGCUGCAGGCCGCGGCAGAGGCCGAGCUGACCUCGGCGAGGAUGGAGCUGGAGACCAUCAAAGAAGAGGGCGUCCGGUUCACGAACUCCAUGGAACGCAGGCGCAGGGAGACGGCGCGGGUCGCCGAGGAGAUCGACCGCCUCGUGGAGCAGGAGAAGAGGGCCAGCGCGCAGGUGCAGCAGCUGAACUCCAAGCUGCUCAGGGCCAGGUCCCGGCUGGACGCCGCCACGUCCGCUGACGAGGCGGCCGAGGCGGCGCUCGCCGAGCUGUCGGCCGCGCUGCGGCAGCUGGGCGAGGAGACCGAGGCUGCGGAGAAGGAGAGGGCGCUGACGGAGCUGGAGAACCGGUGCGUCAGGGAAGACGCGGAGGCCGUCGGCGUCGAGAUCGCGGCGGCCGAGCUGAGGAUCAGGGAGUCGGUCGAGGAGCUCGAGGCAGCGAGGGCGUCGGAGGCCGCCAAGGCGGAGAAGCUCAGGGCCGUCCUCGACAGCGCGAUGCACGCCGUGAUGGCGCAGAGUUCUGGGAACGUGACGAUCCCCAGUUUCGAGUACGAGUACCUGACCGGCCGCGCCGAGGUCGUCCACGCGGUCGCCGAGAAGAAGGUGGCCGCGGCGGAGGCGUGGGUGGAGGCGCUGCGCGCCGGCGAGAAAGAGGUGGUCAUGCGGGCUGAGGCGAUCGAGAGGGAGAUCGGAGAAAUGACAGCUCGGAAAGCGGUGGCAGCGGAUGAUCCUCGUGGAGAAGUGAGUGAACGUGAACCGCGUGUUGGCUUGCAGCGCGCACAGACACGGAGGAGACGAGCACCGAAGGAGAACGAAUUGCCCAUCAAAGGAAAGAAGACACUGGCGUCGGACACUCGUCGCGAGGAAAUGUAGGAGUGUUAAUGGAGUU